AUGCGGCGACGACGCAGCUCCUCGCGUCUCCUCCUUCUCUUGCUUCUCCUGCUCCUUGAUGGCGGCGUCAAUGUCGUCCAGAAGAUCCUCGUGCUCGAUGUUCGACGUGUAGUGCAGCACCCGCUCGACGCAGUUCAUGUCCGCCUCCACCGCCGCUGCCUGGUUCACGACGUACUUGAGCAGCGUGUUGAUGUCCAUCGCCUUUGUGAGGCUCAGCGCGAGCAGCCCGACGUCGGCGCUGGCGAAGCGCAGCAUGACGAGCAGCACGCCGAGCAGCGCGACCGCCGUCAGCACGACAUUGCUCAGCAGCUCGAUGCGCACCGCGAGCCAGCAGUUGCAGACGGUCUGCAUGUACGAGCACGCAUAGACGGUGUCGAUGCGCUGCAGCGCCUCGGCCAUGACGGCGUUGGCCUUGCUGUACGCGGCGAUCGUCCAGCGGCCGGCGAGCGUCUCACCGAGAAUGGCGAAGACCGGCGAGUUGGCGCGGUUCGCGACGCGCCGCAUCUCGCGGUUGGCGCUGUUGUAGAAGAGCAUCAGCCGGUAGUACACCCCCGCGCACGGCAGCAGGAUGAGCAGCACGAAGUACUGCGACGCCGCCAUGACGGCGAUCGCCGACAGCACCGAGAGGACGCACUGCACGAAGAACGUCAUGCUGUACUGCAGGUCGCUGUCGAUGUUGUUCAUGUCCUUCGAGAAGCGGUUCAGCACGCGGCCCAGCGGCGUCGUGUCGAAGAACGACAUGGGCGCCACCGCGACGGAGCGCAGCAGCUGCGUGUGCAGGCGCAGCGACCCGGCGCGCAGCGUGGCGUACGCGGUGGUGUUGCGCAGCGGCGAGCACAGCGCCCCGGCGGCGACGAGGCCGAUGUACACCAGCAGGUACGUGUUCGGCGUCAGAGCAAAGCGCUUCACCGACCAGAAGGACAGCCACAGCGACGGUGCAACGAGCGCGCACUCCGUCACGGCGAAGAGCAGCAGCACCAGCGUACACACGGUGAGGCCGCCACAGGCGGCGCAGUACCUCAGGUACGUCGACAGCGGCACCGCCCCCGUGGCCUUCUCCUCGUCCGUCAUCAGCUUGCCGUCACUUGGCUUGACCAGUUCCUUUUCGUCAUCGGCGUCCAGGAAGUCGUUCUUGUUGUCGGUGCUGAUGGCAGUGUUGUUGCUGCUCUUGUUGUCGGUACCGUCAUGCACCUCAGCCUCGGCCGCCGCGGGCUUCUCCCUUUCAGCAGAACCCACACCAUCACCCUCCGCACCACUUACUGCAGCUGUAGCUGCUGCAGCGACAUACUCUUUGUACUCCUCGUAGUUGCCCGUAAAGGCGACGGUGCCGCCCCCCUGCAGCACAACGAUUUGGUCGGCGUGGCGCAGCACGUGCAGCUGGUGCGUGGCCAGCACCCGUGUCUUGCCGCGCAGCUCGCCGAGGAUGCACUCAUGCAUCACCCGCUCCCCGACAUGUGCGUCAAGUGCGGAGAGCGGGUCAUCCAGCAGGUACAGAUCACGCCCCGGCGCGUACACUGCACGUGCGAGGCUCACGCGCGCCUUUUGCCCGCCGCUGAGGUUAAUGCCCUUCUCGCCGAUCUCCGUCUCCAGACCGUUGGCGAGUAG